AUGAGAGCUGCAAUACUUGGUAAGACUGGUGUUGGAAAAAGUUCUCUAGGAAAUAGUUUGCUUGGAAAGAAAAUCUUCAAAUCUACCCGAUCUGCGUCUUCUGUAUCACAGCAGUGUGAAUUCGGAGAGGCUCAAACAUCAAUUGGUAAAUUGUUGGUGGUCGAUACACCAGGUCUGUUUGAUACAGCUAAACCUAAUGGUGAAACAAUUGAAGAGUUGAUCAAGUGUAUAGGAUUACUAGCACCCGGUCCACAUGUAUUUAUUUUUGUAUUAAGCGUGGAGAGGUUUACACGAGAAGAUAUUGAAUCUAUGGAGAUACUCAAACAGAUGUUGGGAGACGGUACUAUGCAUCAUAUUAUUGUUGUGUUCACAAGAAAGGACCAUCUUGAAGAUGAUGAUACAAGAAUUGAGGAAUUCAUAGCCGACACUCCAGGGUUUUUAAAAGACUUACUGAAAGAUGUCAACAACCGAUAUGAAUUUAUUUGUAAUCGACAAAAGAACAGUAGUCACCAACAAGACGUAGAAAAUGUCCUGUCACUCAUUAAGAAAACAGUUGAACAAAACAGUGGUAACUUUUAUACACAAGACAUGUUCGAGGCUACAGAAAAGGUGAUACAGCAAGAAAUCCGAGAAAGUCAGAAGAAAGAGAAGAAAUCGGACGAGGAAUGUAGACAAGAAAUUAAAACUGCUAUUGUUAAUAACGAACCAGGUAUUUUGUCUAAAAUAAUUGAUGGCGUCAUUGAAAUUGUUAAAGUCUCAUUACCCCAUUUGAUUACUACUAUUGGGGAAUAUUUCAUGGGGCGAACAAAAAGAGUCUAG